AUGGGCGGGGACGGCAUAUGCGACGUGAAUGCCAUGCUCGUGACCGAAGGCUACGGCCCCGUCGUGACUAGCCCCGUGCACGCCGCUUUCGUGGGGGCGCGGAAACACACCAAUAACACGGCGGAGCUGUCAGCGCUUGCGGAGCUUUUUCGCUCACUACUCCACACGGCACCACGACCAGCAGGCUCACGAGGGGUGGGGCACAGUGGUCAUAAGUGGAACGACUACGUCGAUAAGCAAGCUGACCUCGGCAGGAGCGGCGCGAGGUAUUGCGGCGCACCGGAGUGGCAAGACGAGUCGAUCCCAACAGACGCAGACGACGGGGAGAGCAGCACCGUGGGCGACGACGUGGCGCGACACAUCGGAGACAACAAGGGGAUCCGACGUGAAAGAGCUAUCGACAUUGACGUUCUUUAG